AACGAGACCCCAUCCGGUAUUACUUCAGGUAAGGCAUCAUCACAUAACACGAACCCUAAAAACCAAAACACAAAAAUAAAAAUAACACAAAAACAAUGAAGCCCUAGAAAAUCUUCAUAGAACCAAUUUCAUACACUCUCUUAAACCUCAAUCAUUUUCUCUCAUCAUUGUUUUCGAUAAACCAUUUUCUCAUUCUUCCCUUUAAUUUUGCGUUUUUCGUUUCUUUUCUGUUAUUUUUUCGUCAUUGUUCUUCUUCAGUGUUUUCAGGAGUAAAUCAAUUUGGGUGCAUUCGAUUUUGUUGUUCGUGGCUCUAAUUUUCGAUGCUUUUUUCUGUUUCUUCAUCUUCGGCAAUCGUUUUCUUCUCCAAUUAGGGUUUCGGUGUACAAAGCGACGCAAUAUUCUCGAUUCUCCCAAAUUAUCAUCACUGUGGGUUAAGGAAGGUGUUUUAUUGAUUAUAUUUUGGAUACAAUGUCAUCAAACUCAAAAUACCCGAUUCUGGACGAUAAGCCUAUUGAUAAGUGGAAGGUUACAGAGCUGAAAGAGGAACUGAAAAGAAGGAAGUUGGUUACCAAAGGUUUGAAGGAAGAUUUAAUUAAUCGUUUGGACGAAGCCCUUCGCGAGGAAAGGGAGGCUGCUGAGGCUGCCCGCAAAAAGGAACAGGAGGCUGCCGAGGCUUCCCCCGAACAGGAGGCAGCCGAGGGUUCGAAGAAGGACGAGGCUAACGGUUUGGACACUCAAGUUGAUGAGUUAAAAGAUUCCAAGACUAUUAAUGUGGACGCUGAAGUGUUUGGUACAAUUCAAGCUUCUGAACAGGGGAAUAGUGGUGUAGUUGAACCAUUUGAAACUGAUAAUGUAGCGAAGGUUCCAGAGGUUUUGGAUAAUGACGGUAUUAAGAAUGUUGACGAGGAUGGUGUCACUGACCCAGUUGACGCUAAUAAUAGUGUGUCAGCAAUGGAUGUAGAAGGUGAACAUGUGGAAUCUGCUAACGCGGGAGAGGAGGCUGUUGCCCAUCCUUCUAAUGUGGAGACCACUGUUACGAUAACUGAGACUGUCGUCACCAAGACUGUAUCAACAGAAGUAGUAGUCGAUGGUCAGGAUUCUUAUAGUUCUGAGAAGAAUAAUGAGGAUUCGGCAAUCAAGCUAGGGAAUGAGGAAUCAAAGGUGCAGCUGGACAGUGAGGACUCAAAGCCCCAACUGGAGUCUGACACAAAGCCUCCAUGUGACAAUCUCAUGCCCAACUCUUCCGCUCCAGAAAACCAGGUAUCUGAGGUCAACCCUAGUAUAAUAGGGACUCAAGUAAAAUCUGAUUCUUUUUCUACUGAUUCUGUGUCAAUUAAUCAAAAGAAUGAACUAAAGGAUACUAUAAUUGCUAAUAAUGUCAAAUUAGAACAAGAUAAUGUUAGGCAAGAGAUGGUGGAAGAACCAUCAUCCAGAAAUGAUGUACCUGUUUAUGAUGAAUCGCAUUCAGUGGAUGUUGGAGGGCUGCAUGAAAAAAAGUCAUCUGUUGAAGCAAAUAACAACAAUGUUACGAGUCCAGAGUUGAACAAAACCAAUAGUAGUGAUGAUGUAGGUUAUUCAGAAAAGUUGAACUUGGACAGAAGUUCUGGUGAUGAUUCUAUGGAAGAGGACUUGCCUGAGAUUAGGCAAUAUGAUUCUAAGUUUAAUGAUGAACUUAGUGACAAAGUUGAGAAUAAUGAAGUCCUUAAGGGGAAGGAGCAAAGCAAAACAAUAGUUGUGGGUGAUGGCGUAUCCGCAAGAAACAGUGAUACCCACCAAGAUAUGAACAUUAGUACUGUUUCCUUGACUGAGAAGCGAAAAUAUCCUGAACAAACAUUAGUUGGGAACAAUGAGCCUGCAAAAAGGCAACGCAGAUGGAACACUGAGGCAGUUAAAGGAGCAGAUCUGCAAAGCACUACUCCCAGAUCUGCUACUACACCCAAGGACGGGCAAAUUACUCUGAAGCGCAACUUAUCUAGGUCUAAUUCAUCUGCAACUGAUGAUACACCUAAAGAACGCAUUGUUCCACCAUCUCGAAGAGCCCCAACAAAUUCCCUCAGGAUUGAUCAAUUCCUUCGUCCAUUUACCCUAAAAGCAGUGCAAGAACUUCUUGGGAAAACUGGGAGCGUCAGCAGUUUCUGGAUGGACCAAAUAAAGACCCAUUGCUAUGUUACUUACUCGUCCACUGAAGAGGCCAUUGAAACACGAAAUGCUGUGUAUAACUUGCAAUGGCCUACAAAUGGUGGGCGGCUCUUAAUUGCCGAGUUUGUUGAUCCUGAAGAAGUGAAAAUGAAGUUAGAAGCUCCUCCCACUCCAACUGCUGCUGUCAACAGUGCUCCAAUAGUUCCUCCCGCACCACCCUCUUCACAGCCGGAGCCUUCCCCUCGUCAGCACAGGGAACAACAUCUUCCAGUUACUCUCCCACCUCCACCACCAUUGGUAAGGCCCCCACCAGUUGCUAGGGAACACCUUCCAUCGCCACCGCCCCUUCCCGAGAAAGUGGACCCACCUAUUGUCACUCUAGAUGAUCUCUUCCGUAAAACCACUGCAACUCCUCGGAUCUAUUAUUUACCUUUGUCUGAAGAGCAAGUUGCUGCAAAACUUGCGGCACAGGGUAAGAGUACAAGGCAGUAGGCAAUUAAUUAGCCUGCAAUUUGUAUCUGGUUGCUUGAAGCUUUCAUAAUAUGCCCAUUGUGCUAGGUAGUGGUAUUGUGUAAGCUUAAAGUGCAUCUUGGCUGGUCUGCUAGUGUAAUUGUCAUUUGAGACUUAAUUUUCUUUGUUAGUGUUAGAACUUCAUAACUAAGAGCCACUUGGGUGGAUAUAUUUUCCCUGCUGUUUGUACUAGUUUUAUUGUACCUUUUCCCAAAUAUCUUAGACUUUGACGGAAAAAAUUGACUCUAGCUUAUGCUCAUUCUCCUUCUGUGGAACUGAAUUGCGGGAUCAUUCCGUUAAUGGCAUGUGAUUGAUUUUUGUUUUUUGAUGCA